GUGAGGAAGGCGGAUCCUCUGACGUCACCGUGAAGCUGCCCGGCUGCGUCAGAGUCCGGCUGAGCGAAGGAAGAAGGAAACAAGGAAUAAAAGGGAAAGCGGGUCUGAAGGGCUGGGGAGAGCGGACGGACUGUGUCAGGGAGACAGACCUGUGUCGUGCACACCGCGGACGGACAGACGGACAGACAUGGAGAGCUCCACGGAGGAAGACUACAAAGAGAAAUUAUUAUGGAACGUUAAACGCGAGGUGAAGCAGAUUAUGGAGGAAGCAGUGACUAAGAAAUUUGUCCACGAAGACAGCAGCCACAUCAUUGCUCUGUGCACUGCUAUUGAGGCCUGCCUGAGUCACUUGCUGAAGAGACGGGCAGCUGGUUUUCUCCGCAGCGACAAGAUCGCCGCCCUCUUCACCAAAGUCGGCAAAGUCUACGAUACUGCUGGCGAGGUUUGCCGUAAGGUGCAAGAGCAACUCCAGCAGCAGGGCGAUCUCACCAGGAGAAGCCAGAGUGUGGGCCAUGAACCUCUGAGGAGACAGGGCUCCUCCACAACCAGCCGCCCCCCUCAGCCCCUCUCCGCCCAGGCCAUCAAACACAUCUGGGUCAGAACGGCUCUUUUCGAGAAGGUUCUGGACAAGAUAGUUCAGUACAUUGUGGACAACUCCAGUAAAUACUAUGAGAGGGAAGCUCUGAUGCACGACUUAGUCUUCGGGCCCAUCUUGGCAGUCCUACUGGUUGGGCCCUGUGCUCUAGAAUACACCAAACUGAAGACUUCAGAUCAUUUCUGGACUGACCCUUCAGCCAACGAGCUAGUUCAGCGCCACCGGAUCCACGGGGCCCACCGGGGCCAGGACACAUCGGCCGGCCGCCGGCCUGCUCUGGGGAUCCGCAAGAGGCAGUCCAGUGGCAGCAUGUCAGAUGACAGGUUUGCUGCAUCAGCAAGAGAGUAUGUGGAGUCUCUUCACCAAAACUCCAGAACGCACCUUCUCUACGGCAAAAACAACGUCCUGGUGCAACCGAAGAAGGACAUGGAGGUGUUGCGGGGCUACUUCUCACUCCAUCAAGCGGGCGAUGACCUCACCCUCAAGUGGACACCCAACAAGCUCAUCAACGGCACGCUGGGAGACUGUGACCUGGAGAAGAGUAUCUACUGGGACUAUGCACUGACGGUCCCGCUGCGCCAGAUAGUCUGUAUCCACUGUCACCAACGGCCUGAUUGUGGUGGCACACUGGUUCUGGUUAGUCAGGAUGGAAUCCAGCGGCCGCCUCUCCACUUCCCCCCUGGUGGUCACCUCCUGGCCUUCCUCGCCUGUCUGGAAACAGGCCUUUUACCGCGGGGUCAGCUGGAGCCCCCCCUCUGGUCCCAGAAAGGCAAGGGGAAAGUGUUCCCUAAACUGAAGAAGAGGAGCAGUACUGCCAGGCUCAUCGACCAGGACAGGAACGGUGAGGAGCCUACAGCUGCUGACUACGUGUUUCGCAUCGUCUACCCUGGAUACCGCUACGACGCCACAGUCACUAUAAACUACCACCACACCACGGGCAGCCGCGCUCCGUCGCUGGACGACGACGAGGAAGAGGAAGAUAGGCUCCAUGCUAUGAUCUCAAUGAUCUGCUCGCGGAACCUCACAGACCCUAAUAUCAUGAAAGACCACGGGGAGAUGAUGGAGAUGCAGGGUUUUGGAGGUAGCCCGUCGUCGUGGCAACAGGCCGGAGUACCCACUCUUGAAUCACAGUGCCAGUCUUGCUCCACGGCUGGCAGCAACGUGUCGUUCGACUACCCGGCCGGCUGUACCUGCAUACACAACCCACUAGACAUUCACACAAUUCCUCUUAAGAUGCUCUGCCAGAACAUGAAGAGGCAGAUAGUCUCCAGAGCCUUUUAUGGAUGGCUGGCCUACUGUCGACACCUGUCCACUGUGCGGACUCACCUGUCAGCUCUAGUCAACCACAAUAUCGUCCCUCCAGACAGACCCUGCGAGGCGUCCGGGGGCCUCAGCAAGGAGGUGUGGAGCAAGUACCAGAAAGACUGCAAGAACUAUAAGGAGCUGGAGCUGCUAAGGCUGGUUUAUUAUGGCGGAGUGCAGCAUGACAUAAGGAAGGAGGUCUGGCCUUUCCUGCUGGGGCACUACAAGUUUGGCAUGGGCAAAAAGGACAUGAGCCAGAUUGAUGUAAAGAUCAGUGAGCGUUACCAGCAUGUGAUGCGGGAGUGGAAGGCCUGUGAGGUGAUUGUCAAGCAGAGGGAAAAGGAGAUGCAGUCGGCCAUCUUUGCCAAGCUGUCCUCAGGCAGCAGCAUCGACAGUCACGUCCUGCGACUCGUUCACAGAGACUCCACACUCAGCAAUGAGGUGUUUAUGUCUGUGGAUGAGCCGGAUGCAGGGAGCCAGGAGACCCCCAGUGGAGAGGACUGCACCCCCACCACGACCACCCUGGUUCCCCCUGCAGCCCUCCCCCCAGAGGAGCGACCUCUGGUGGAGUUUGACUCCCCUGACUCGGGUCUCCCUUCCUCCAGAAACUACUCAGUGACCUCUGCUCAUUCCCAGAUCCUGUCCAGCAUAGACGACGGUCAAAGCACAGAGGAGGAAGGGGGGGGCGGGGAGGAGGGCAGGACUUCGGGUGUGCUGGGGCGGCGUCAGGACUCUCUCACUGAGGACAGGCUGUGCAGUCAGCUGGACAAACUAGUGACCAAUGGAGCAGCUGCGGAGACGAUAUCACCUUCACUCUCCUCAUAUACAAUCGAACUGUUGGACACAGUCGCCCUCAACCUCCACAGGAUAGACAAAGAUGUGCAGCGCUGCGACCGCAACUAUUAUUACUUCACCACAGCCAACCUGGAGAAACUCCGCAACAUCAUGUGCAGCUAUGUGUGGGAGCAUUUAGAGAUGGGGUACGUUCAGGGCAUGUGUGACCUGCUCGCGCCGCUCAUGGUCAUCCUGGAUGAUGAGUGCCUGGCGUACAGUUGUUUCACACAGUUAAUGAAGAGGAUGAGUCAGAACUUCCCUAAUGGCGGAGCCAUGGACACACACUUUGCCAACAUGAGGUCACUGAUCCAGAUCCUGGACUCUGAGCUGUUUGAACUGAUGCAGCAGAACGGAGAUUACACUCACUUCUACUUCUGUUACCGCUGGUUCCUGCUGGACUUCAAGAGAGAGCUCUUGUACGAGGAUGUGUUUGCCGUGUGGGAGGUGAUCUGGGUGGCUCCCAGGAUUUCCUCGCAGCACUUUGUCCUCUUCCUGGCCUUGGCCCUGGUCACAGUCUACCGUGAGAUCAUCGUGGACAACAACAUGGACUUCACUGACAUCAUUAAGUUCUUUAAUGAGAUGGCUGAGCGUCAUGAUGUCCAACAUAUCUUGAAAAUAGCACGUGAGCUGGUGCACAAAGUCCAGUCGCUGAUGGACAACAAGUGACUAUAGAGGGAGAGAAGGAGGAGGAAUGGGAGGAUGCAGAGGGUUAGUGUCCGACUACAGGACACCCAGCUCUUCCUCUCAUCCCUCAGAGAAACAGUGGCAGUUCCAGGCCUUCACCUAUCCAGAGCAGGUCCAGGGAGUCCGGGUCUCUUCCCUGCCCAGAUGAAGGCCCUGGAAGUGUGCCAAGAGCGCUGCUGGAGCGGCCUGGCUCCGGAGCUCGGCCUCAAUCUGUUUACAUUUACCUUCACAUGGAAUGCCCAUGGUGUCCGUACAGACAUGUGGAUUUGUCUGCAUGCUUGUGAGUUUGAUCACACUGUGAACAUAUUCUUGAGUCUCCCCAGUCCUAUAGAGGUUGUGUGCGUGCAUGAAAACACACACACACGCACACACACUCCGAAACAACAUUGGUUCUAUCACUACUUCAUUAGUAUCACUCCUUUCCUAACUCUGAACCAAACAUUUUGGACGCUUGUCUGGAAGGCUUCAGCGUUCUUUGUUUGACAGAUUCCUCCAUGCAAUGCCAGUGGAGGCCACAAGAGUACAGGAUUUACACACAACAUUGUCAGAGGAGCCACAAAGUUUUCAUUAGUGACCAAAUGGACUGUGCCAACUACCUUUUCAUGAGUGUUUUCUACAACAAGCAUGUGUGUUUUUACCCCCCCUUUUUUCUUUUUGUCCAAGAGUUAAUUACCACACAAAUGUUGCCUUUAUCAGUAACAGCCCAAGGUACUUAGUUGCACUUUUUGGGAGGAUUUCCUUCAUGGUGCCAGUGAAAGCCUCACCAGAGUUGGUGGGGGCCAGAGGCGCCAUGAGAGGCCAAACUAUUGAGAAACUCUGGAUGGAUUGCAGCCAGUUUUCCUGAGUAUGUUAGUCAGUGGUUACUGCAUGUUUAAUCAUUGUUCCAAGACAGAAGACACAUAGCAUCAGAGCACAACAGUAAAGACAAAAGCACACAGACCUUACUCAUUAUUUUAAUAUAACACAUGUGCAUCUCUAUUUAGUAGUACCAUGGUUUUUGAUCAGGGAUGUAGCUAAAACUAGGAAUGCUGAGGUAAUAUUAAUUUUUAAAGAUAAAUUUGGGAGUAUUUUAGGCCUUUAUUUAUAGGACAGCUGAAGAUCUGAAAAGGAAGAGUGAGAGGGGGAAUGACAUGCAGCAAAGAGCCACAGGUUGGAGUGUGCCGCUGCGUCGAGGAGUAAACCUUUGUGUGUAUGGGCGCACGCUCCACCAGGUGAGCUGCCCUGGCACCCGCUUUGGUAAUGUUUCUGGGAAUUUGGGGUGUUUAAUGACCGGAGGAUAAAUUAACAUUCUAUGAUUAAACUCAUGUAUUAGAACAUGCCAGGUUAAGGCUGAUUUUUUAAUUAAUAAUAUCUUAAAAGUAACUGUUUUAAAGGGAUUUAGUAUUAUCCAACAGAUUUUAGACUAGAUUAGAGGAAAUGCAAUUUUACAACUUAUAAACGUGAUUUUAAAGAAAUGCAAUUUUCUUUCCGUCUCUCAAAAAGUUUUAAAUUUUGAAGAGUUUGUAAAGAGAUGAAUUGAGUUGCACUGAAUUUGUUUAAUAAGUUGAGCAGGCCUAUUAUAAAAAUUGUGGCUGGUACGAAGUAGACACAAUCAGCUGAGAGAAAGAAUGUAUAAGAAAGUGAAAAAUGAAAUGUGAUUAAGAAACCCCUUUGAGAAUGGAAAGAGUAAGUAACACGUAUUGAGUAUAUUUACAUGUAUCUAAAUGUGGAUAUUCCCUAACCAGAAGAAUACGACUGGUAUUAUUCUAGUUUUGUUUUGUUAUUGUCAACAAAUCCAAUGAAAAGACCUUUUCUCUGUGGCCUCAGCCUCAUGCCCAUUGGUUCAUACGAAAACAUAAACAAACAUAAAAACACAUUGGUUUUUUUAAAGGCUAAGUGAUUUACUAAAACAACUGGCCCUUUUAAUUUUUAAGCAAGCUUUUUACAAACAAGAGUAAAGGGUGAAUUUGUUGGGGACUAUUUUCAGUGGUGGAUUAAUGUGCAUUUGAUGCUGUUCUUAGUAUUACAGCAGCAGGUUUUCCCCUGGUUUUACAAUUAUUCUUUCUGAUAUUCUUUCAUAUUGGUUAGAUAAUGUGGCAACACUAGAGUAAUUUCUCUUAAAUGAACCUUAAUUAGUAACUUAAAAGGUGGAAAAUAUCAAUCCUACAGGAAUAAGAUAUAAGGCUACACACAACACUUGUUAGUAGGACACAUUUAUUGUUGGUUUUGGGCUUUUCAUGGGAUUUGUUGACAAUAGAAAAAAAGAAAUAUUACCAGCCUUGUGCUUUACAUUAAUCCAUGUCUUUUUUUGGAACUAGAGACAGACAUGCUCACUGGUCUAUAGCACCAUGAAGACUUCUUAUUGCAUUCAGCACUAUACUGUCAGGAAAGGUGGUUGCAAUUGUCCAUGUGGAACCUCAUUCUCCUCCUGCCUAAAGUCCAGCGUCUGAAAAUAAAAGAUGCUUGGACUGGGUUGGUCUAAAUAACAAAUCUGUGGUCUGAGAAGAAGCCAAUUCCAAUGUCAAACGUUCUCUAGUGUUCAGUGAAUCAGUAUUAGGUUGGUGCUGGCUUCGCAGUAACAGCACAGAGUAUAAUCAUGUUUGUAUCUGAGAGGAUUCGGGACAUUUUUGAUACAGUUUCCAAUACCCCUCAUCAGUGUGACCCUUUAUGUCCACACUCGUCUCCUCAAAACGUCCAACCGAGCUGCAUAUGAUUGGUCAUCCAGCACGGCCCGCACCUAUGAUUCAAGUGCCAAGAGUCUUCCCCAAUCCUGAAGUGUACUGUAGUCACCCAGCUCUCUGAUGUACAAGUUUUAUCCCAGGAACGGGCGGUGGCGUAGAUGUACCUUGUUACAUCCGCUCCACUCAACCACCCUGCCGCAAUGGCGACGGGCUUGGGUCGCCGGGGUACAGGGGCCCGUAGCAGAGCUUUUUCUUCCAAUCAGGACAUUGUGUACCAAAGCCUUGAAACAGCCCCCUCUGUGGCAUGACGACAACGUGCAAUUUCAUACUGCAUCUUAAAGACUGACUGUUUACUAUGUGUGUAAAAUAUUUUUGAAAAUGGUGAUCUUGGAUUAUUUAACUACUGUGCAAUUUCUGUCGUUUGAGAAAAUCCUUCAAAGUCUAUAUUGCUGUUAAUACGAACCGAAAGCCCAAUAUUUCUAUGAAGACAGUAAAAACAUAUAUAUAUAUAACUUAUUUUGAGAUCUAUUUUUUAUGUUGUUUUAGCAGCACUAGUUGGAGGUGUAUACUGUGCAGAAAGGCAGAAUGUUUGCAGACUGUGUUACACGUUGACUGUUAAGUGUUUUUUCCUCAAUGUCGUGCACUGACUUCAAGAUUUCAAAUUUCUAUUUAUUUAAAGAGCCAAUGGUUGCAUUGCUGAAUAUGUAUUGGUAAGGAUGUAUCAUUUGCCUUGAAUGUAAUGUAUUAUUAAAUAAGAGUUUGUUCUGUAA